AUGAAGGCUGAUGACCUCGUCGAUCCAACAUCGCCACAGCCGGAAAAGCGAUUGGAAUCUGUUGCCCGUGUACAGGAUCCCGUCAACACUGCGCCAUUACCCCAGCUUGUUGAGCAAGACCAUCUCGACGACGCUGACGACCUCGACGACAGUAGUGACGGCUCUGAUGAUGAGGACGAUAGUGAACUCGCGGUAUCUGCUCUGACUGACGAAUUGGAACGCGCAGAGUUCGAGCCAUACACCGAUGAUGAGGGAAAGGAGAUCCGCGAAAGACUACGUCGACUUGGACCCAACAAGUUCGUGGAGCAGACCAUCACUCUCGGUGCCGUUAGCAUAAGGAAGCUUGUCACAGCGUUCGGCGUGAGGCCUGAUCUACCCUAUUCCACCAACUGGUACUACCAAAUCCUCGGUCGAUGCAUCCAGCGUGAGCUCACCAGACGCCAAAAGCUCACCGAGUACAACACAAUCGAUGAUGCUGUAUCGCUGCUCCAAAAGUCCAAGAAUAUUUUGGUCAUCACUGGAGCCGGCAUCUCGACGAGUCUUGGAAUUCCGGAUUUCAGAUCGAGAAAUACUGGCUUCUACUCACAGCUUCUCGCUCGCGGUUUCGAGAGCCCUGAAGAUGUUUUCGACAUUAUCAACUUUGACAGCGAUCCAACGCUGCUCCAAGACAAGCAGAAGCUGCUUACAAACUACACCCAGAACAUUGACAACAUUGAAGCCUAUGCGGGCAUCGAUCCAGAGAGACUGAUCCAAUGCCACGGCUCAUGGGCAACUGCAAGCUGCCGCAAAUGCCACACGGAGGUCCAGGGCGAUGUCAUCUUCGAGGACAAGCAACCUCGAAAGCGCAAGCGCACAUCCAACGGAAAGUCAAAAUCGAGAUCGAGCCAUUCUGAUUCUGAAGAUGAUGGACGCUACGACGUCCCUCAGCCUGGUGUGAUGAAGCUUCCCAGUCGCUUCUUCGACAGACUCACUGAGCACGACGCCGCCAUAGUCGAUCUGAUCAUCGUCAUCGGCACAUCCAUGAAGAAGGUGCCACAAAUCUACAUCUCACGCGAACCAGCCGACCACAUCAACUUUGACAUCACACUUCUCGGCUACUGCGAUGAUGUGGUGGCCGAGUUGGCCAGACGUGCAGGCUGGACCAUUGAUCAUGCAAAAGUCACCGAAGCACCUCUGACAGCAGCGCCUGGAUCCAAGACUGGACAAUGGAUGAUUGCACCAUCGAGUAAUGACGCCUGA